GCUUCCUUUGCCUCCGGGGGCAGCUCUCAGUCUCUGGCAGAAUCAGAUGCUGUUUAAGGAGCUGUACUUCACUAAGUUCCCUGGUUACUAUGACACCAUGGAUGCAGGUUUUGUGGACGAGGAGGACUUCUUGUACAUCAUGUCUCGGUCCGAUGACGUCAUCAACGUGGCGGGUCACAGGCUGUCCACCGGUGCCCUCGAAGAGUCUGUCCUGCUGCACCCUGCUGUGGUGGACUGUGCUGUGGUGGGCCAGGAGGACCCCCUGAAGGGACACGUGCCGCUGGCUUUGUGUGUGCUUAGAAAUGACUGUUGGAAGAGUGAGGAUGUGCUGGUGAACGAGAUGGUGAAAUUGGUGAGGGACACCAUUGGGCCGGUGGCAGCUUUUAAGAAGGUUGUCUUUGUCAAAGCUCUUCCCAAAACCCGCUCGGGAAAAAUUCCACGAUCGUCUCUCGCAAACCUGGUGAACCACAAGCCUUAUAAGAUAAAAUAUGCAUGA